CUCAGCGGUUGGAGGUACUGCGGGGCGGUCCUUCCGUAUGGUUCCGAAAUAUGCUGCCUGAUUCAAGCAUGUACAGAAGUUCAAAGUACAUUUAUUAUCAGUUAUUCAACCUUGGGAUUCGUCUCCUACAAGUUGAAACUUGAUCCGGAGAAUACUGGUUUCAUUGCUGUGGAGCACUUUUCCAAUCUGCUUCAGAGCCAUGAAUUACAGCUGGAUCCUACCAAACUUGAGAUGCUGUUUGCUCUUGUACAGAGCAAUGAGCAGGGGCAGAUCUGCUACCACGAAUUUGUCAACCUGAUGAGCAGCAAGCGCUCAAGCAGUUUCCGAAGAGCGAUAUCCAAUGGACACAGGAACCUGCCACGUGAAUUCUUGCUCGAUGAACCCGGACUAACUUUCUACAAGCGUUUGGUGAGGCACGUAGCGUAUGAGAUCCUGCCGUGUGAAGUGGAUAGGCGCUGGUACUACAGCCAGUAUCGAGGCUGCCCACCACCUCUCUUCAUGACAGUCCUCACUAUCAUUCAGAUUAUUAUAUUUAUCUGCUAUGGGGCCAUGCUAAACAAGUGGGUUCUGCAGACCUACCAUCCAGACUACAUAAAGAGUCCUUUGGUGUAUCAUCCUGGACAUCGAGCUCACGUCUGGAGAUUCUUCACCUAUAUGUUUAUGCAUGCAGGGUUGGAACAGCUGGGGUUCAAUGCAUUUUUGCAGUUGAUGAUUGGAGUGCCACUUGAGAUGGUCCAUGGGAUCAUGCGCAUCGGACUGCUGUACUUGGCUGGUGUAUUAGCAGGAUCCUUGACUGUUUCUAUCACCGACAUGAGAGCACCUUUGGUUGGAGCCUCUGGCGGCGUUUAUGCGCUCUGUUCUGCACACUUGGCCAAUGUUGUCAUGAACUGGGCAGGAAUGAGGUGUCCUUAUAAACUGCUCCGAAUGAUACUGGCCCUUGUCUGCAUGAGCUCUGAGGUUGGGCGUGCAGUUUGGCUGCGUUUCUCCCCUCCGCUGCCCUCGUCUGGCCCCCAGCCCAGCUUUAUGGCACAUUUGGCUGGAGCGGUGGUGGGAAUCAGCAUGGGACUCAUCAUCUUGCGUAGCUAUGAGGAGAAUCUCCACCAGCAGUGUGCCUGGUGGGUCAUGGUUUUCUCUUAUGCUGUCUUUGUCAUUUUUGCAAUUUUCUGGAACAUUUUUGCAUAUGAUCUCCUGGGUGUGCAGAUUCCACCUCCACCGUAG